UAGAUGAAUUGAAACUGUGUUCAAUGCUUCUAGGCAACAAGUUAAAAAGUCUUUCCUGUGUGUUUGCAUGUUUCUCCUACAGUACUAAGCUUCAAACUUCAUAUUUUAAGUCUUCAUUCAUGAAAAGCAAGUUGUCAGCAGUAUGAAUCCUUUCAGUCUAAGACAGCUUAGAUUUCAUCAGAAACUGCUGCAGUGAGCAACCAUGACUGCAAUAAAAUGCUGCUUGUAAUGACAGAAGUGGAAGCAUAGGUAGAGACAGAAAGUGGGAAAGAGAAAAACAGGACAAAGUGUGGCCCCUGAAAACAGAGGGUGGGACAAACUAAAGAAAUGGAUGAAGAGAGAGAGAUUGAUGGUGCUGCAGCAAUAGGCCGCAGCAGUCCUAACUUUAUCAGAGGCUCUUUGCCUCAUUUGGUGAGUCCGCCCAUACUAGGAAAUGAGGGCUUCCUGUUGUUUUAUAGAGCCUUCCUGCAAAAGGUUGAGAUAUGUAAUCCCUACCCAUCAGGGAAGAGGAGCAGGACAUUAGGCAAAAUGACACUCACCAGAUUCUCAUGUGUGUAUUCUAGAGUUUUUGUGGUGCUUUUCAUCUGGGUUGCUGAACAAAAGGUGGCUUUGCAGCCAAACAUAACAGUAGGGUUUAAUGGAACAGACACGAUGAUCGCAGCUAAUGCCACUGGACAGUUUGUGUUCUGCCACAAGUAUUAUUUAUAUUAUGUGUCGAACACAGUGGAUCACCUCUACAAAACAAUUUCUCAUUAUUGUGUGGAAGAAUUUGAGACUGCAAUGGAAUCACUAAACAGCACUGACUGGUGCAUAUGGAGUAAGGUGAACAGUUUGUACAGCAACCUAAGCACAUGUACAGAGGGGAUAUGUGACUGUCUCUGGAUCCCAUACCCCAACCCCGUGGUGGAACAGACCUUUGUGAGCCUUCAUUCCAAGUUCUUCGAGGAUUGUGCCUCAGAGGAACUAAGUGACCCACCACCUGCCAUUGUGUUUGCUCUGGUCAUCACACCCAUCUGCCUGAUCCCUGUCAUGGUUAGCUUGGUGGUACUGAAGACCAAAAAUGGGGAUGGCAGCUCCUGAGUCUCUGCUCAACGCGAAAGCCCCGCGAAAGACCCUGUUCUCCCUUCUCUCCCACCACAAGGACCGCUUGUUUACAGACUGCUUACACGCUCUCAUCUCAUCAGUGGCCUUGUAUAGGAAUCAAUCUUUAUUUCAGUUCUUCUGCACUUCACAAGUUAAACUAGCCACAUAAACAUAGGCAUAGGUAUCACUAUCUCAGAGAUAAUGUUCUGUGACAUCACAAAGUGCCACACUUCUUAACACAAACACUGUCAAAGCCUAUGUCCUGUACUAUACUGUAUCUCAUUUAUUGUGACAAAAGUUUUGUUUUAAACCACUUGACCGUGGAUUUGGCUAUUGCUUGAAGUAUUGGCCACUUCCUGUUUGCUCACAAUAUUCAGAAAACAAAGUUUCAUUUAUACUGGAGAACCCAGUAUUCAGGCUUACUCUGAUGAAAGCUCCGGAGCUUUAAAAGUUAAAAAAAAAAAUUUAUUGACACUGUGUUUUAUGUAAGACAUGUGUGCUGAUGAAAGACAAGGUAAAGUUUAUUACUGAACUGCUCAAUUUUUCAUAUGCAGUGUUUUUUUGGGGUUUUUUUUUUUUGCUGUUGUAUUUAUGAAGACAACAUCUGCAAGCUAAAUGGUUUUUAAAUCUAAAAGAGACAAAGAUGUUCAUUAUUAUGGAGGUCCACACAUAUGUAUGUGUGUGUGUGUAGGGAGGACCAGAAGUUGACUGUAUGCGUGGAUCCAGUUAUUCGAGUCAUACAAAGGAUUUAGGGUCAGAGGUUACAGAUGAAACACAAUGAAUGGGAGUGUUCAAAAAGAAACCUCCUGGUAUUGUCUAUUUGUUUUAACAGUAAGUAAUCCCCACGCGCAUAUGAAGGGGGAGGGGGGGCAGUUAAAGGAAAGCUUAUUCCUAUCCAGACAAAAGACAUUUUAAAUUGUCUGUGCAGCAUUGUGACAAACACUGAGCAAUGACAAAAAGAUAAAAGUCUUAUCUUUUGCCCUGAAUGACAAUAAAGCCACUGUAAGUGCUUUCAGAUUCAGAUCAAAAUAUGUAUUUAUGUACUCUGAUGUAUUGCUAUUGUAUCUGCUGUUGUCAGGACAUAGUGGACUUAUUCUACAAUCUGUGAAAGUACAUCCUGGCUGCUCUCAUGCCAUGACCUGUAUGCAUUUUUAUUUUUUAUAUUUUAAACCAAUAAAUCUGAAGUUGUAUGUUCA